AUGUAUUCCUACUUAUUACUGUUCCAAAGGGAUAGAAGUCUGGCGCUCGACACACGCGUGUAAUCCCCGUUUAAAUGUAAAACUUUAGUCUGCAUUUGCUGACGACAAAAUUGGAUGUACUAUAGCGUUUUGAUGCAACUUGAUCGGAUUCAUUGUUUUUGAAAAGGAAUUAGGAUUCGUUUUUCAAAUGAAAGUGUGUGGCCCCGCACUGUGUUCUGGUGCCUCCCAUGUCCUGGCCUGCUAAGCCUCGUGUCUCCUCACUGGGCCUGGGCAAUAGCUGAUCCAGGGCUGCUGCUGGUACUACUGCUGCUGGUACUGGUACCGCAACUUGUACUGGUGGUGGUGGGUGUCCCAAUCCGGGGGCCUGGAGGAGCCCUGUCGACCUCCCAGCCACACGAAGAUGAACAAACUGACCGGCUUCCACAAUAACAAAGCUAUGCAGGACCGCCGCUGUGUCUGUGUCUUUCUCCCCAACGACGACACGCUUAACGUCAUCGUCAAUGUGAAGACUUUGUGCCAGGAGCUGCUCAUCCAGGUGUGUGACCUGCUCCGACUGAAGGACUGUCACCUGUUUGGACUCAGUGUCAUUCAGAACAAUGAGCAUAUCUACAUGGAGCUGGGCCAGAAGCUGUCCAAGUACUGUCCCAAGGAGUGGAAGAGAGAGGCCAGCAAGGGCAUUGACCAGUUUGGGCCUCCCAUGAUUAUCCACUUCAGGGCUCAGUAUUACGUUGAGAAUGGGAGAUUAAUAAGUGACCGCUCGGCCAGGUACUACUAUUACUGGCACCUGAGGAAGCAGGUGUUGCUGUCUCAGUGUAUCCAGAGAGAGGAGGCUUACUUUCUACUGGCAGCCUUCGCCCUCCAAGCCGAUAUGGGCAACUUCAAACGAAACAAGCACUUUGGGAAGUACUUUGAACCUGAGGCCUACUUCCCCUCAUGGGUGAUAGCCAAGCGAGGCCGGGACUACAUCCUGAGACACAUCCCCAACAUGCACAAAGACCAGUUUGCCCUCACCGCCUCCGAGGCUUAUCUCAAAUACAUCAAGGAGUGUUCCCUUCUGGAUGAUGUCACAGUCCACUACUACAGACUCUAUAGGGACAAAAAGGAAGUGGAGGCUUCUCUUACCUUAGGACUGACCCUGCGUGGAAUCCAAAUAUUCCAGAACAUGGGGACAGUGAGACAGCUCUUGUAUGAUUUUCCCUGGAGCAACGUGGGCAAACUGGUAUUUGUGGGGAAGAAGUUUGAAAUCCUGCCUGAUGGUCUUCCAUCGGCCCGUAAGCUGAUCUACUACACCGGUUGUCCCCUGCGUUCCCGCCACCUCCUGCAGCUCCUCAGUAAUAGCCAUCGCCUCUACAUGAACCUGCAGCCUGUCCUCAAACAGGUCCGCAGGCUGGAGGAAAAUGAAGAGAAGAAGCAGUACCGUGAGUCGUACAUCAGCGAUGCGUUGGAGCUGGAUAUGGAUGGGCUGGACAAGCGUUCCCGGGCCAGCGGUAGCAGUGCCGGCAGCACUGUGUCUCACCUCAAACACCUGUCUCGCCACUCUACCGCCAGCCACGGUAGCUCACACACCUCGGGCAUCGAGACAGACAGUUUCCGGGCCCCCGGAGGGACCCCACACCGAGCCCUAAGGACUUGCAGCUCCUCAACGAUUAGCCAUGGGAGCUCACACACCUCAGGGGUGGAGAGUGGGGGAAAGGAGCGCAUGUUGGACGAUGAUGAGAUUGAGAUGUUAGUGGACGACCCUAAAGACUAUGAGGAGCUCCAUGAGCUGGCCCUAGAGUUGAACCAGGACCUGUGCAUCCACAUCACUGAGGACAUGCUGACCAUGACCCCUGACCAGACCACUGGAUACUCAGGGCUCAUAGUGAAGGACGUUGGCUCAUCCACCUCCAGUUCCUCUGAGACUGUGGUCAAGAUGAGAGGCCAGAGCAUUGUGUCUCUCCCUCAGACCUCCAUGUGCAGGAAGCCUCAGACGUCAACUGACCGCCACAGCCAAUCCCUUGAUGACGUGCGUCUCUACCAGAAGGGCUGUCUCCAUUGGGCGGAGCUAUGCCAGGACACCGCCCACAGCUACACCUUCGGCUGCGCCCAGGAGCUGAGCGACAGCAGCGGUUACCAGGGCAAUCUGGCCGAGCAGUGCGCUGGUAUCCGCGGUGACCAGCUUGACUGCUUCCCCAUCAAGAGGACCAGCAAGUACUUUUCCCUGGACCUGACCAGCGAAGAGGUCCCAGAGUUUGUGGUGUGAUGGCCGAAAAGGGGGAGACAGGGAUGAGGAGGAAUGGAUGAGGCAGAAAGGGUGACCUCAAGACCCCUGCUCCCCUGCCUCCACAUCUCAGAUUUGGAGGUGGCUCAGGAAACUGAAUGGGACGAGAGAAGAGGGUUGGAGGUUUGGAGAGGUGAUACUUGGUUGUCUUUCUAUUGCCCUAACCUGUCAGCCCUAACCUGUCAGCCAUAACCUGUCAGCCAUAACCUGUCAGCACCAGACUUGUGAAGAGUCAGAUGGACUGUAAAAGCCCUACAUCCACCAGACUGACAUCACCAGUCAACAUAACCAUGUAACCACCUGAGACGACAUACGUAACACACUACAGAGACAAAUAACCGACCGUGAAAGCCCUUUGAGGUAUUUUUUUUUGCCAAAAUGGCAAUAAAUAAAAAAGGAUCAACAUUUGCUGGGUUUCAAGAAAACCUAUCUGCGCCUUUUAAUUGGACCGAUGCUGGUUGGGAAUGGAGUGUAAAAGGAAAAGUAAGGGAAUGUCAAAAUAUCUCACCAUCACUUUUUUAUUCAAACAACCUCUGACUGUCUGCGUUUCCAAAGCAUGCACUCUGUCCAGAUGUUUUCUGGAUCUGAUUCUUGUGCUUGCGAAGAGAAAUAAUACUUCAUUCGCACAGAAAACAAAAACAAACGUUCUGAUGUUAACACACUUGCGUGUGCCUACUUCGACUUUACUAAUGCAGUGCAAACAAACAAACACACACACAGCGAAGAUAUCAAAAUAGUCUGCCAUGGAGAGUAGAUCCCACUCUCCUUUCCCUACAGAAAGAAGGGAACUCUCAUUGAUAGCCAAGCUAGAUGUGCUAUGAACCAAAGACAAGUUACACUAAGCACGAAAAGAAAAGCCACUUGGCUCCAAGCCCUCAUGUCCACAUGAUUAUUAUUUUAGUGUGCAACCAACCAACCAAUGAAAUGAUACAGCCUCCUGAAUCCAUGACAGGAUAUGACAUCACCAUGCGCAGGUUCUGUAUCGUUUCAGAAUCUAGAGGUGGAGGGAAUUUGGAUUGGUCUCAGAGUAUUUUAGAACAAGAAACGCUAAUGAUGUCCUUGUUCUCACGUAACUCCCUUCCAUCCCUCUGUCUCUAGUAUGAAGUAUGUAUGAUGUGACAUAAUCUGGGAGCCCAGAACCAAAUCCAGCGUGCGCUAGUCUGUCACAAGAGAUUAGAAGUGACGCGCCUCCGCUCCUCUCUUUACAAGGAAGUGCAAUGUGUCAACAGUUCCCCUGUAGAGUUGUGUCCUAGUGUAGCGACUAGACUGAUAUUAUGAACACACCCAACGUGCCUUCAUCACCUAUGCAGGGCCCUGAACCACAACCAUGCCUUGACAAUCAAUCACAGCUUCUCACUAAGCAACGCAACACUCCCACAUGAGUCACAGAGAUCAGUUUUAAGUCAUAAGGUCAAUUUUAAGCUCUUCAUCUGUAACUUUAUUCUUGGUCAGCAGUACAUUGGUAUUUAAAGGCCCAGUGCAGUCCAAAAACAUGAUUGUUCUGUGUUUUUCUUUACAUUGCCACACUAUGAUGAUAUACUGAUGAAAUACUGUGAAAAAUGCCCUUUUAGUGUAAGCUGUUUGAAAUUAAUGCCUGAUAUUUUAGCCUGUUUUGGUGUGAUGGAGAUGGUAAAUUAGUUAACAGACCAAUAAGAAAGAGUACCAAACCUCUGCCAAUAUCCCCUCCCCACUCAGAACACUCACAGACAGUCCUAGCAAAGUUAUUGUUCCUCGCUAAGAAGCUAUUUUUGUUUAUUUUUCACCAUUUUAACUGAAAACAGUAAGCUACUUAACUGUUACCCAGAAAUUAUUUGAUAUUGAGAUAAAAAUGGCUGCAUUGGACCUUUAAUCAUUGACUUCAGAGUUUAAACAUCGUUAUUCAAACAGUUUUAGCAGAUUAACCAAUAAUCAAUGAAGGGGAUUACCCUAAUGUCAUCUACCAUCCCUAGCCUAGCUUUAUGUUAAACGUGUCACUUAUUUAAAUCUGUGGUAGUUAGGUUCCUGUCAUGUGAAAUGUAGCCCAUUCAAGACUUCCCGACUACAUCAUUGGCUGUGCCAGGUCUGAUGCUUUAGGCAGGAUGAGUUUCUACAUGCUCUCACCUGUCUGUCUGUGUACAGAGCUGAGGAAAGCUUAGAUGUAAUCUACACACACACACACACACACACACACACACACACACACACACACACAAUGGAGCUGGGUUGGCUUUAGGCCAGCUAUGAAACUGACAUUUUCACUUUGUUCUUUCUAUAUGUUGGUAGUUUAUUAUUUUUUUCACUCGGCUGUCUUUGUUAGUCCUUAAAACUGUCUUUUGUUUGCUUUGUCUCGAUAAUUAUUUUAAAUUGGAACUUGUUACAUUUGUUUCUUUCAUUUUAUAAUUUUAGCUGAUUGGAAGUAGAAAGUGUAAUAUUUUUUGUAUGGAGUGUUUUAGAACAGUGAGAUUUGUUGUAUAUGUUGAAAAGGUAUUCUUUGUGUGCAGUUGGAGUGUGUCAGUAUUAUAAGCAAAGUACACUCACAGGAGAGUUUAUUAGGUACACCCAUCUAAUACCGGGUCAGACCCCCCUUUGCCUCCAGAAGAGCCCAAAUACUUUGGGUGUCGGAAACAUUCCACAGGGAUGUUGGUCCUCGCAAUGGCAUCACGCCUGUUGCUGCAGAUCGGAUGGUGGUACAUUUAUGCUGAAAACAGCCCGUUCCAACUCAUCCGUGACAAGGAUCGACAAGUUGUGCAUUCCGAUGUGCAGGUCUGCACACCACUGUUGUUGUACUGUGCCGUUAUUUAUCUGUUUGUGGCCCGCCUGUUAGCUUGCACGAUUCUUGCCAUUCUCCUUUGACCUCCGUCGUCACCGAGCUGUUUUCGCCCACAGGACCUCCGCUGACUGGAUGUAAACCCUUGACGCUGUGAUGUACCUAAUGAACUGUCCGAGGAGUGUAUGUGACAGUGUUACAACCAUGUGACACCAAAUUCACUUAUUUUCAAUAUUGGGCCCCUUUUUACCCAGGUAUAGUCGUGGUUUCAACGUACAGUAGCUGAAGAACAUUGAUAACAAUCCGUUUAAUUGGCCAAGAGGUAAGGUGUGAAACCCAACACUUCACAAAUAGAAAGUUAGAUUUCUUAUACAUUACUUUCCGUUAAGGUGUGGAAACAGACAAGACUGCCCUCUCUUGCCUCUUUUAUUCGCUAUCAUCAUAGAGAUUUCUUACUAUUAAAUCUCUGAACCGUACCUAUUCAAUGUAAAUUAAAUUUAGCGUUUGUCUUCCAAAUUUGUUUUACAUUCAGUACUUUUGCAAUUCUACCCCAGUCAGUAAACCUUAUUGAGAAGACCGUUUCAGUGACCUCCUCCUUUUAUGUGUAGUGAUAGUAUAGUAGGCAUGUACAGUUGAAUUCCAAACCUCAUUCACAUGGUUUAAUAUCGCUAGAGUAAUGAACAAAACAGAUUUCUACUUCAUUAUGUACUUGGAAUUCAAAACUACUGUGUGCCUCAGUUAAGCAAUAAUUUGUUAGUGUGGAUCAACAUUCUAGCUGAGCUUUUCCAUUGCUUCUCCAGAGAUCUUUAUUCUAUAACAUUCUAGAGCCCUCUAAAAAAACUUCUAGAACCUUUAGAAUGUUUCAGAAGCAGCUCUGCUGUGGUACAGUGGAGAGACCUGACAUUUUCACUUCUCUUCACAGCUGGUCUCAUCAGCUGGACACGUUGGCCUAGAAUACUGAGCAUGACAUCUUGGCCUAGAAUACUGAGCAUGUCAUCUUGGCCUAGAAUACUGAGCAUGGCAUCUUGGCCUAGAACCACAGAGCAUGGCAUCUUGGCCUAGAACCACAGAGCAAAGCAUCUUGGCCUAGAAACACAGAUCAGGCCAAGGCAGCAAGAAACAAUUGUUGGAAAGAAAUGUGUAAUAAUUAAUACACUUAUGAAUUUGAUAUUGUUGUGUGAUUUCAAAGCAAAAAUUAACGCUGUAACAGUUUAUUUCCAACAAGAUGUUACUUAUUAUUUCUACUCAUUAAUAUUGGGUAUCUGAGAAACAGAAAGAAGGUUGUUCACAUGUUGAAAUGAAUCGUUUUCUGGUAGAUUAUUGGUGAUAUAUUAACCCAGAGUGUGUCCAGGUACAUAGCCAUAAAAACAGAACCACAACCUGAAAACUUUUGCAUUCAAAUAAACUCUCUACUCUGGUGACUUAGGCUACAGUGCAUAUCAUAAGUAUUCAGCCCCCAUGGAUUUCUUCAAAAUGUAUUGUUGUCAAUGAUCUACACAAAAUACUCAUGUACAUUUGAAUUAACGGAAAAUAGAACACACAUAUACGCUGAGUGUACAAAACAGAGCACCUUCCUAAUAUUGAGUUUCACCCUGUUUUUUCCCCUUCAGAACAGCCUCAAUUUGUUGGGCAUGGACUCUACAAGGUGUCAAAAGCCUUCCACAGGGAUGUUGGCCCAUGUUGACUCCAAUGCUUCCCAUAGUGCUGUCAAGUUGGCUGGAUGUCCUUUGGGUGGUGGACCAUUCUUGAUACACAUGGGAAACUGUUGUGUGAAAACUUGUCAGCGUUGCAGUUCAUGAUGACACACUCAAACCAGUGCACCUGGCACCUACUGCCAUACCCCAUUCAAAGGCUCUUUUGUCUUGCCCAUUCACUCUCUGAAUUGCACACGUUCACAAUCCAUGACUCAAUUUUCUCAAAUCGUUCUUUAACCUGUCUCCUCCCCUUCAUCUACACUGAUUGAGGUGGGUUUACCAGGCAACAUCAAUAAGGGAUCAUAGUUUUCAACUGGUCAGUCUAUGUCAUGGACAGUGUGUCUUGAUUAGAUAAAUAUGUAACUUCCCUGAGUCAAUACAUGUUAGAAACACCUUUGGCAGCGAUUUCAGCUGUGAGACUUUUUGGGUAAGUCUCUUAGACCUUUGCACACCUGGAUUGUGCAAUAUUUUCACAUUAUUCUUUCAAACUUCUUCAAGCUCUGUCAAGUUGGUUGUUGAUCAUUGGUAGACAGCCAUUUUCAAGUCUUGCCAUUAGCUUUUCAAGCAGGUUUAAGUCAAAACUGUAACUAGGCCACUCAGGAACAUCUUGGUAAGUAACUGCAGUGUAGAUUUGGCCUUGUGUUUUAGGUUAUUUUCCUGCUGAAAGAUGAAUUGGUCUCUCAGUGUCUGGUGGAAAGAAGACGGAACCAGGUUCCUCUCUAGGAUUUUGCCUGUGGCUAACUCCAUUCUGUUUAUUUUUAUCCUGGAAAAACUCCCUAAUCCUUGCCAAUGACAAGAAUACCCAUAACAUGAUGCAGCCACCACCAUGCUUGAAAAUAUGGAUCAUAGUACUUGGCGAUGUGUUGCGUUGAAUUUGCCCCAAACAUAAAACUUAGUCAGGACAAAAAGUCCUUUGGCACAUUUUGUUGCAGUAUGAAUUGUUUAGAGCCUUUUCACUCUGUCAUUUUGGGUAAUAUUGUGGAGUUACUACAAUGUUGUUGAUCUAGCUUCAGUUUUCUCCCAUCACAGCCUUUAAACGUUGUUACUUUUUUUUAAAUGGCCACAUGGUGAAAUCCCUGAGCUGUUUCCUUCCUCUGCUGGCAACUCCGUUAGGAAGGACACCUGUGUCUUGGGUGUAUUGGUUCACCAUCUAAAGCUUAAUUAAUAACUUUACCAUGCUCAAAGGGAUAUUCUGUGUCUACUUUUUUACCCAUCUACCAAUCUGUGUCAUUCUUUGUGAGUCAUUGGAAAAGCCCCCUUUUCUUUGUGUUUGAAUCUGUGCUUGAAAUACACUACUCGACUGAGAGACCUUACACAUAAUUGUGUGUGUGGGGUAGUGAUAAAAAUGUACCAACAAAUCACAAUUAUAUCCAGUUCAAUCCCACUUUGUUAACUCAACAAAAUGUGAAAAAAAAUCCAAGGGGGUGGUGGGGGUGAAUGCUUAUGAUAUGCACUGUAUAUACACGGCCAUACUGACACAGAGUAAGUGUCUGUAUGUCUGCACUAAGUAUCCAUAGUCCUUUCUGUGAAAGGAUCUCCCUUCAGGAAAAACAUUCUUUGGGGUCAAACCCUGUAGUAGUGAAAAUGUUUUGUUAAUAUGAAGUCUGGGGCGUGCCGCCUUGGUAAUAAUACCCAUAACAAUUCAAUAAAAAGGUACAUUUAUUUGCCAAAA